UGUCAGUAAGUCACAAAAGAACGAAGAAGAAGAAGAAGAAGAAGUGUGAAUACUUUAAAACGAUUACAAACUAAUAGUAUUAUUUAGCGGAGAGUAGUGCUGUUUGUAACAAAUGGCCAACGACAAACGGACGGUGUAUGUGGGAGGUCUAUCGGACGAGGUAACCGAAAAGUUAAUAAACGAUGCGUUCAUACCGUUCGGAGAUCUGGUCGAUAUACAAAUGCCGGUUGAUUACGAAUCCCAGAAGCACCGCGGGUUUGCGUUCAUCGAGUUCGAAAGCGCCGAAGAUGCUGCCGCCGCAGUGGAUAACAUGAAUGACUCGGAACUAUGCGGCAGAACGAUACGGGUUAAUGUAGCAAAACCUCAGCGGAUAAAGGAAGGCAGCAAUAAGCCGGUUUGGGCGGAGGAUGCCUGGCUGAUGCAGCAUGCCGGAGCGACGUUGAACAACCAAGAGGAAGCGGAAGACGGAGCGAUCGAGGCCACUCAGCCGAGUGAGGCCAAAGCUCCGGAGGAGAAGAAACGAAAUCCUCAGGUAUAUUUUGAUAUUCGGGUGGGAAGCAACGAUGUGGGUAGGAUUAUUAUGUCGCUUCGGGCUGAUAUUGUACCGAAGACGGCGGAAAAUUUCAGAGCACUUUGUACUAACGAACAAGGUUUCGGCUAUAAGGGAUCUACUUUUCAUAGGAUUAUCCCAGAAUUCAUGUGCCAAGGGGGCGAUUUCACUGCCAACAAUGGAACGGGCGGAAAAUCGAUUUACGGGAAAAAGUUUGCCGAUGAAAAUUUUAUUUUAAAACACACUGGAUUUGGUGUGUUGUCCAUGGCAAACUCUGGUCCGAACACGAACGGUUCUCAGUUCUUCAUAUGCACGGAAAAAACCGAUUGGCUGGACGGUAAACAUGUUGUUUUUGGUAAUGUAAUCAGUGGAGCAGAUGUAGUUCGUAAAAUGGAACGAUGUGGCACGAAAGCCGGGAAAGUAAACCAAAAAGUGAUGAUAGUUGCGUGUGGGGAACUAAAAGGAUGAUGGUAAUAAAUUGUUCAGUUUUAUUUAAAA